UAUUGCGAUGAUCUGACGCAAACGAUACCCCGGUCGACGAAAAUAUUUUAUCAUUAUACACACACUCCGUCACACACACACACGCACACCGGUCGUGUGUGCGCGCCGCGAUUACAUUAGGUAUAAUAAUAAUAAUAAUAAUAAUACGUACGCGUUCGAAUCGUAAUCGAAUUUCAUAGGACAAUAUUAAAUACUAUUUUAGGCGUUAUAAUUAUUUAUUAUUAACUGUACCCGACUACCGUCGUGUUCGCGUCGACUCGACUCCGCUGACCGUUCCCGCUGUAAUUUGAUCGGUUCGGAAAGUGCAUAAUACUAUAAUAUCCGUUUUCAACCGGUGCGUCCGUAGUGGAAUGUAGUGAUGGCAUUGGGCAUAUCUUCGACGCCGACGGAUUCGUCGGGACGGGGAUCGCCGGUGAGUCCGAUUAGCCCGAUCACGCCGCUGCCCACGAGGCUGGCUCCCAUGCCGAUGGUGCCCAACCCGAUGUUCGGUCUGCCCAUGCUCAACUUUAGCGUGUCGCAGGUGGCCAGCGUGUGCGAGACACUGGAGGAGAGCGGCGACAUCGAGCGGCUGGCCCGGUUCCUGUGGUCGUUGCCGGUGGCCCACCCGAACAUCGUCGAGCUGAACAAGAACGAGGCCGUGCUCCGGGCGCGCGCCAUCGUUUCGUUCCACAGCGGCAACUACCGCGACAUGUACACUAUCCUGGAACACCAUAAGUUUACCAAAGACUCGCACGGUAAGCUACAGGCAAUGUGGCUGGAGGCCCACUACCAAGAAGCGGAAAAGCUGCGAGGCAGGCCGCUGGGGCCCGUCGACAAGUACAGAGUCCGCAAGAAGUUCCCGUUGCCCCGGACCAUUUGGGACGGCGAGCAAAAGACCCACUGUUUCAAAGAACGCACCCGGAGUCUGUUGCGCGAGUGGUACCUCCAAGACCCGUAUCCCAACCCGACCAAGAAGAAGGAACUGGCCCAAGCCACGGGCCUCACGCCUACCCAAGUGGGCAAUUGGUUCAAGAACCGAAGACAGCGAGACAGAGCGGCUGCUGCCAAAAAUAGGAUGCAACAUCAACAACUGGCCGCCCAACUGGCCCAUUCCGGCGGACGGCACCUGAACCUGAGGCGGUCCAUGUCGCCGGGGGCGAUGAGCACCACAGACUCCGAGUCCAGCAUAAGCCUGGGCGCCCCUUCGCCCGGGCCGCCGCCCUCGCUGCAGUCGCUGCCUCCCCAGCUCAUGUCGGUCGACCCGCCGCGCAUAGGCCUCACCAACCCUUCGGCGUGCACGCUACCGCAACCGCUGGCGCUGCACAGGCCGUUCACGUGAUACAGUCCCACUCGCCCGCCCAUUAGCGGCUGGUGAAUCGACCUGAUAAGAAAUACACACAAACCCGGCAAACAAGUAUAAGUACAUAACCGAAAAAAUCCGGCAGUAUUGUGUACAAUGUUUUUUUAUUUCCCCGGCCAAGUCAAAACGACCCGAGUCUUAUACAAUAUACAACAAUAUUAUUCUUUUUGCCAGUGCCGUGCUGCCUGUUUAGGUAUCCUGGAUACCAUGGUUAAAAAAAAGGGCAACAGUCUUCUCUGUCGUUAUUAUAAGGCGUGUGCUACCUUAUGGCACUUGUCCUACCCCCCCCCCCCC